AUGGCGGACGCGUACAUACCCCUCAUGAUGACAUCAGGGGUGCCCUGCGUUCUUACAUCCACUUCCUUUCCUGAGGCUCUUCGAGAGACGUCCAAUGAGUUGGUUUGCGAUUCUGGUUUGCGCUGGUUACACAAAAAUGCCCAUUUAUUGGGUGACGUGCGCUCAUCUGGUUUCUUGCUGGCGGGGGCGAAGGUGGUCGUUCGGGGAGAAAUCGCCUCUGUAACUCUCGCAGAUGCCGUUAUUCUCUGCGAAGAGUGUAUUGUGCGCCCACCGCUACGGUCAUUGUUGAACUUAAAUUCAAUUGAGUCAUCCCCUUUGGUGAUAGGCUCCGCAACAGUGAUUGGGAGACGAACAGUGUGUGAAGCAAAGUCAGUAGGAAGCUACGUGCAUGUUGAGGACGACUGUGUCAUUGGGGAGUGGGUGGAGGUCCCUGAUGGUGUGUGGCUGCGUUCGGGAUGUGUUGUGCCCUCUGGGAUGAGGCUUGCGCCUUAUGUUGUUUACGAGGGACGUCCAGCACGUCCGGUGGCCAGCCUAGAUGCGGAGUUGCAUCAGAUAUUUAUGAAGGAAAGAGUUUACGAGGUGUUCUCUGCUCCAUCGGAUCCUGUGCCACAGUGA